AUGAACGGCCAGCGCAUUGAGUACGACGACUAUGUCAAGGGCAUCGCUGAGUGGAGGGCCAAGAUUAGCGACUACAACCCGAUUUUCCUUCGCGACGGCGACCAACUGGCGGCACGCAUGACGGGCACCAUUAAGGUCAAUGGCACCGAGACCGCGUUCGAGAGCUUCAUGUUCGCCAAGAUCGACAAGGAGAGCGGUAGGAUGGUGUCGCUGGUCGAGAGGUCUGUCUGGGGACCUGUGGGAGCAGCGCCAGAGCAUGGUGUCAACUGA